AUGGACGAUGAACCGAUACGCCGCGCGUCGUCCCCGGCGCCGGGGACGACGCGCGCGCAGGAGCGAUUUCUCGAACAAAGACGCGCGAGCGGUCUGGCGGGCGCGGAAGCCCUGGCGACGUUCGUCGAGCCGCCGGGGAUGGAAACGCGAGGGAUAGAUAAGGUUGCGGGACUGAUUUUUUGGAUUUUGAACUUUUAUCUGUGGUAUCGCGUCAUCGGGGAGGCGUUCGUACCGCUGGGGGCGUACUUCACGGCGCUCGUGUGGCCGGUGUUCGCUCCGCGCGGGAGGCGAAGAGACGAUCGCGCGGCAGCGCACGCGGAGCAGGUGGGGAUCGUGGUGAUGAUUUAUGCGUUCUUAUUGAGCGCGAUAUUCAUCUAUCCGACAUACUGCGUUUUCGGGCACGCGACGUGGAUGCGGAACGCGUUCUUGGGAUACAUUGGUUGGUACGUGCUGUUGGACCGGCGCUCGGAUAGCUCGGGCACUAGAUUCGUGGCGUGGUCGAGACGUCUACCUUUUUGGCGCAUCCUGGCUGAUUACUUCCCAGUUCGAUUAUACAAGAGCGGCGAGCUCGAUCCAAAAGGGAAUUACUUGUUCGGGUAUCAUCCGCACGGCGUCAUCGGCGUCGGGGCGUUGAUGACGUUUGCCACCGAAGCGACGGGAUUUUACGAAGCAUUUCCAGGAUUGGAUUUACGGCUCUUGACGUUAUCGGUGAACUUCAAGUUUCCAUUUACGCGAGAGGUGUUGAUGGCGCUCGGGAUUAACUCCGUCACUAAGGCGAGCGUCAUGACCAAUCUUACCCGCGCACCAGGCGCGAGCGUCGCCAUCGUCAUCGGCGGCGCCGCAGAGGCGUUGGACGCUCGUCCGGGAUCGGCCACGCUCACGCUGGCGAGACGUAAAGGGUUCGUGAAAAUGGCUCUGCGCACGGGUGCAUCGCUCGUGCCUGUUUUUGCCUUCGGGGAGAACGAUAUUUUCGAGCAAGUCGAGAAUCCCGACGGCGGGCGCCUGCGCAAGUUUCAGACGUACAUCAAGCAACUCAUCGGAAUCUCACCGCCGGCUUUUUACGGCCGCUCGCUCAGUCGGGGGGUGUGGCGUCGCAUUUUUGGGCGUAAGGGAGUGCUGCCGAAGCGUGAACCGAUCGAAGUGAUCAUCGGUAAUCCCAUACACGUCCCUCAGGUGGACGAUCCGUCGCCCGACGUCAUCGACAAGUAUCAUCAAUUGUACACCGUGGGACUCAAGGAACUUUACGAGCUGCAUCGCAGACAAUUUCACCAGUUGAAUCGCGGAGGUUCUUCCGACGAUCUGCUAAGCGAUCUGAUCAAGCGUAAGAACAACCUCCAAGCCAUGACAUUCAAAUAG